GUUCUACAGGACCCAGGUGUGGACCGCCCCAGGUUCUACAGGACCCAGGUGUGGACCGCCCCAGGUUCUACAGGACCCAGGUGUGGACCGCCCCAGGUUCUACAGGACCCAGGUGUGGACCGCCCCAGGUUCUACAGGACCCAGGUGUGGACCGCCCCAGGUUCUACAGGACCCAGGUGUGGACCGCCCCAGGUUCUACAGGACCCAGGUGUGGACCGCCCCAGGUUCUACAGGACCCAGGUGUGGACCGCCCCAGGUUCUACAGGACCCAGGUGUGGACCGCCCCAGGUUCUACAGGACCCAGGUGUGGACCGCCCCAGGUUCUACAGGACCCAGGUGUGGACCGCCCCAGGUUCUACAGGACCCAGGUGUGGACCGCCCCAGGUUCUACAGGACCCAGGUGUGGACCGCCCCAGGUUCUACAGGACCCAGGUGUGGACCGCCCCAGGUUCUACAGGACCCAGGUGUGGACCGCCCCAGGUUCUACAGGACCCAGGUGUGGACCGCCCCAGGUUCUACAGGACCCAGGUGUGGUGA